AAUGUGACGCGUAAUUCCGUUUCCAGUAAUUUCUACGGGCAACAAAACCUGAGGUUCGCGUGUAGAGUGUUCCAGAAGUCACCCGCUGACCGGAGCGUGUCUUCGCCUGUCGCGUAAUAGAAAUUAAAGAAGCAUGGCUAAGUGGGGAGAGGGGGACCCUCGGUGGAUCGUGGAAGAACGAGCGGAUGCUACGAAUGUCAACAAUUGGCAUUGGACGGAGAGGGAUGCUACAAACUGGUCAUCGGAGAAGUUGAAAGAGCUGCUGGUGGGCUUGCAAGUAGAAAACGACGAAGGCAAAUGCGAAAUCACAGAGGUCAGCAAGGUGGAAGGAGAGGCUUCGAUCAACAACCGCAAAGGGAAGCUCAUUUUUUACGAGUGGAACUUAAAGGCCAAAUGGAAAGGAACAUCAAAAUCAGGGAUCAAAUACAAAGGUGAAAUUGAUGUUCCAAACCUUUCUGACGAAAAUGAUCAGGAUGACCUUGAUAUCAGUGUGUCUCUUUGUAAAGAUGAGCCUGACACACCACUCUUUACUCUGAUGAAAAAGGAGGGGGCAAAGAAAGUCUGUGAAGCUCUGGUCAGCUACGUUGAGCUUCUCAAAACAGAGUUCACGCAGGGUAUGAUCUUGCCGACAGCGAACGGCAUGACCAAACAGCCCAUGUCUCAGACAAAAAUUAAAAUGGACAAAACCCAGAUUGGCUCAGGCAGCACAGCUCCUCCUCCGUGCACAGGAGUGAAGAUUCCUACUUGCAAGUUCUCACUAAAAGACACUUUCCUCACUUCACCAGAGGAGCUUUACAGAGCUUUUGUCAACCAAGAGAUGGUGCAGGCGUUUACACACACUGAUGCCACAGUUGAGGCAGAGAAGGGAGGCAAAUUUCGCCUGUUGGGUGGAAAUGUAUACGGCGAGUUCCAGGAGCUGGUUCCCGAGGAGAAGAUAGUCAUGAAAUGGAGGUACAACACGUGGCCAAGCGAGCACUAUGCGACAGUGACGCUGACCUUCAUAGACAAGGGCAACGAGACGGGGCUGAAGAUCGAGUGUCGAGCAGUGCCAGAGAGCGAAGAGGAUCGUACCCGAGAAGGCUGGCAGAGGUACUACUGCCAAGCCAUCAAACAGACAUUUGGCUUCGGUGCACGACUCUGCUGAGCUCCAGCUUCAACCAUCACUGUUUUGGCAGAUUUUCUUUUAGUUUUUUUUUCUUCUUCACUAUGUACAAAUGAGCACCUGGAAUGUGACUCUACUGAAAAACAGACUUAACUUUGCACCAUGUUCUACCUACCUUUCUGGUUUUGGUUUCAAUGUUAAAAAUAAAUGAAAAAUCCAAAAAUCAGAAAAGAAAAUGAAUAGAUACUACGAUAGACAUGGAGGAAGAAAGGGAGUCAUUGUAUUGUUUUUGUUUUAUUCUUUCAUGUAUCUGCAUACGUGUAUAAAGAAACGUUUUUACUGUAGCGCAGGAAGAUCUACAUUUGGCACUCACCUCCUGACCUUGUCUUGAGAGGGGCAUACUUGACUAGUGCCUUCUUUGGAUUGAGUUUAAUUUAUGGAUCUAUGGCAAAGGCGUGUUUGUCAUGUAGGACUGAAAAAAGAAUAAAUCGUCAGACCACUAAAUUAAUUGUCUAAUUUUUUUCUGAUUGGAUUUGACCAAUAUUAAAGUUUUCAUUUCUAUUCAUGUUAAUCAAUAUGAUAUCUUAAGGUCUAAUAAAUGUGAUAUAUGCUAAAACGUUUGUGCUCAGAAAAAGGACCCAGGCUUGAAACUGACCUGUAUUGUAUGUUCAGCAGCCUAUAUAUUAGAAUUAGUCUUAACUGCGCAAAUGAGCUUUGUUUUUUCCCUUGUAUGAUCUGCUUUUAUAUUCAUUUCCCUGGUAGAUUUUUGUCUGAUUUAUGUAUCCACUGCAAUUCAAAUGAGUGCUUUUGCAGAAGAUGAGAAUAGAAAAAAAAAAAAAGUAUAUGAACACACAACAAAAAGUUUGUUUUAAAUAAGGAACUGUUAGAUACUUAUAGAAAUCUGAUUUUAUUUAUUUCAUCUCUGCAUCACAAUUUGGAAACGGGUCACACUGUUCCAUUCACAUGUUUUCUUAAAAAUAAAAUGACCUUUUCAUCAUGCUCACACUUCUA